AUGACGCAAAAUGCUCCGCUACGAAAACUACAAGCUACACAAAUCAGCGCUUGUCAAAUGCCAUUCGGCAUUAUCAGAAGAAGUUUUGUAACUCUACCGCUUUCGUCAAGUAUAAGUCUUUGUAUUAUGUCUGCGUCGAGAGUUUGCGACUUCAUCAAUUACAAUUUCGAGAAAUGGAACUGUUCUAAGAAAAACCGGUAUACGGAAAUGCACGUAUAUGAUUUUGACAAUACUCUCUUUCAGACGCCUUUGCCAAAUGCUUCCUUAUGGAACGCUGAAGCAAUUCGGAUUCUAAUGGGCUUUAACAAUCUGGCUAACGGAGGAUGGUUUUUUGACAGCCGUGUUCUUGCCGCCACUGGAAGAGGCAUGGACGCCGAAGAAAAAGAUGGUUGGAAGGGUUGGUGGAAUGAAGAUAUAGUUGAGAAAGCUCGUCAGUCAAUUGCUGCUCCGAAUGUAUUGGCUAUUCUACUGACUGGACGUAAUGAAGAGUUUCGAAGCGUCAUUGAUCGUAUGGUUUCUGCUAAGGGACUGUGCUUUCAAGGAUCUGUGUUCAAGCUAAAGGAAAAAACAGGGAAAGUACCACAGACACUGAAGUUUAAACUGUGGUUUUUCAAUGAGGUGCUUCGUCGCUUCUCAAAAAUCCACAAUAUCUAUGUGUAUGAAGAUCGGCCCUCUCAUAUCGAAGCCUUUAAUGGUUGGAUGCGCUUUCGAAAAAACAAUCCACGCUAUAACAAAUUAAAGGUCGUUGCCGUUUCAGAGCCCCCGAGUCAUUUGGAUCCCCACACUGAGUUUAAUCUAGUAAGGAUGAUGAUUGACACGCACAAUGCAAAAGCAAAUUCUGUUGGACGGCCCAAGUAUGCCAUUGUAAAAGAGAAGGAGUGUUCUGGUUUCUCCGUGUCUACUUACGACCUUUAUAAAUUGAGAAAUACUUUUUUCAAUAUGCCUAUGCCUGAUGGUUGCGAUAUAGCACAACAAAUGGAACGGGAGCAUGGAACACAGGACACAAUCGCAGAGCACAAAGACGAUGAUGAUUUGGACUCACUUGGUUCUUCCGAGCUCUUAGAAAAUUCGGAGAAAAGCAUAAUAGCUCAAACAUUUGAAUGGAGAGUCACUGCUAUUGGCAGAUAUCAGGACGAGUUUUGGACUUUAAAAUAUGAGGCAACUGAUUACGCAGCGAACGUUCAUUUGCCCGAGUGUCUUCAACCGAAGUGUCCCAUAGCUGCACCUGGAAAAAACGAUCCUGAUGGAAAUGAAACAUUGGAAAAUAUCGUAUUCGUAUCUAUGGCUACAGGUGCUGUGUCUAUUCACAAAGACGACGCAUCUAGUAUUUCAUGGCGUCCAUUGAAAGAAAAUGAGCAGUGGAAUUUACGUGCGACCAUGCAGGAAAAAUACUACUUUGGUAUUCGCGAAGUGCUUUAGAAAGCGCAAACUGAUUCUAUGUUAUAUCCCUAAGAAGUGAAAUCAAACAUCACGUUUGGUCACUGGAUUUUUCUUAGUUUGUCAUUUAAUUUUUCUUUGGCAAACACCACCUGCUUUUAUUCUUUUUUCUCUUCCUCUCUCUUAUACACACGCACCUUCAUCAAAUGUUUUCUCGUUCUUUCGUUUUGUAGAUUAGCCAGCGCAAGUUUCAUACUUAAUGACCUUGUCUGUCAAAAAUCCUUUUUCAAUUACUUUUAUAAAGAUAAAUUGCCAUAGGUAUCAUCUUGAUGUAUUAUAUAAUCAUAUUUUAGCUCAUAAAUUCAAAAACGUCAAUUGAGCUUACCUCUUCCUUUGUUUUGGACGAAGUUUUGCUUUAAUAAGUUAAUUACUUAGAGAUAUUAGUCCUUAUGUUAAAAAAAAAAAACACAGUAUAUACAGAUAGUUUAAGAACAAACAAAAUUAAGAAGAAAUUAAAAAGAAUUG